AAAUGCGUCAUGGUGUACUGAAGGGGUUAAACAGAGAGAGAGAGAGAGAGAGAGAGUCGGAGGAUAAGACUGUUUACGAUUGAGUUUUGAAUCUUCCUCUCUCACUAUCAGCCUCCUCAUCCUCCUCUUCCUAUGACACAUGCAGAGAGCAGCGAGGCACAGGCCAUGUCAGGUGAGGGCAGUGCUGACGCCUCGGUGCCCACAGACCUGACGGUAACGAGCCAUGGAGACAGUGAGGAGGAGUAUGCUGCCACCAGGAGACAUGCCCGGGAGCUGCAGAGCCUUGCCUCAGAGAGAGCCGAGCUGCACAGGACUGUGGAGAAGCUGAAACUUGAGGUGCAGAACAAGGAUGCCCAGCUGACAGCUCUGAGGCACCAGCUGCAGGCCAGUGUGGCCAAGGCUGUGGCCCAGAGGGAUGACCAGCUCUCCAACAAGCAGAUCCAGGUCACCAGCCUUGAGAUGGAGCUGAAGCGAACCAAAGAGGAACUCAGCACACUGCGGGAGAGAGCAGCGCGGGAACUGGCCCACCUCACCCAAAAAUGCUCACAGUUUCAGCAGAAUCAGAAGAGAUUGGUGAUAAGACAAGAUGAGCUCCGCAAGUCACUAGCAGACCUACAAUUGAGCCAGGAGGAGUUCACCACACUUCGACAGACAUCCCCUGAGGAGCUUUCAUUGCAGCAGUACACAGCUCUGCGAGUGUAUGAGCUGGUGUGGCCCUUGAGACUGAGACUGAAUGAACUAGAGGCAGUCAAGUCAUCCCUGGAAAGUGCUGUGGACUCUAAGGACUCUGACCUGAGGAGCAGAAGAGAGGAGUGCUCCAAGCUGCGGAGAAGCUUGGAAGAGGUGCAGAGGAAGUGUGAACAGUACGCCAGUCAGCUAGUGAGUCUGAAGGAUGAGCAGAGGAAUGACGAUUUCAAGGUGAGGAACUACUCCCGUGUCAAGGCAGAGAGAGAUCAGCUGCAGGAGGAAAAGGUUCUCCUCACAAAGACCAACAACGAGUUUGAACUGAUAAAUGCAACUUUAAAGAAGGAACAUAGCUUACUUCAGGAACAUUUUAGUGAAUUGAAGAGAAAACAGAGGACACAAAAAUUUGAUUUAAGUCAUUAUCAAGAACAAAGUAUUGAUUUAAAGACCAAGUUAGAUAGAGUUUCAGAGGAAUUGGCAUCAGUCAGUAAACAGCUAGCACAGGAGAGGGAGAGGUGUGGAGACCUGCAUGAGAAGUACCUGUCAGCGAGGGGAGACGCCAUGCAGCUCACUGAGAACAAUCGGGACCAGCAGCAUGAAAUGAAACUGCUGAGGGAACGGCUUGAGGCAUGCAAGCUGCAGUGCUCUGGGAUGCAGGACAAAGUCACAUUCCUGUCCCAGCAGAAUGAAAACUUGAAUACAGACGUGGAGAGAUCAAGACUGAAGCUCACCAUCGACACUCAGUCGCUCAAUGCUCAGCUCCAAGACUUGAGAGUAAGCUUGUCUGCAGUGACCAAGAAUAGAGAUACUGUGCUUGAGGAGAACUCGAGGCUUCACCACAGGAUCCAGGAGCUUGAUGACUUGUGUCAGAAGGAAAAAACUCAGAGAGGGGAAGAAACCACAGCUCUGAGUAAGGAGCUUCAAAGAGUUAGGAAUACACUCUCUGCUUUUGAAGGUCUUCCUGAGGAAUAUGAGAAAGCUGUGAAGGCGGCUGCAGCACUACCUGCUGAAGAGACUAGUAAGGUGCUGGACAGGAUACUUCCUGCCUCAAGACUACAGGGGGACUGGGCAGUGGAACAGUGCAUCCAGCUCACCAGGAAAGUGUUGCAGCUGGAGGGAGAGAGUUUGGAGGCAUACAACACCAUUCAGCAACUGACAGAGGCCUUGGAUCACCUGAAGAACACCGUGUCAUCCUACAAGACUGCCCUAGGCUUGGCAGGACAACCUUCAGCAAGCCUCCUGGAACGCAUUGCAUCCCAGGAGGACCAGAUCACAUCCAUACAUGCUGCCCUGGACCAGCACACAGCCAUCAAGACCAGGCUGGUAGAGGAGAACAAGACCUUGUCUCGCCAGGUGGCCCAGCUCAGCCAAAGGUUAGAAGAGGCUGGGAUAGAGGCUGGUGAGCUGAGUGCAAUAAAGAAGAAACUUGAGUCUCUCCUGCAGGAUUCCCCUCACCAAGGCCUGAUGGGGACUGGUUCUCCAAGGAAGGACACAGACAGGACGGAGGAGAAAGGGCCGCCCCAGACCUUUCCACCUGCCAUCAUCAUCACCAAGAAAAGCAGGUAUCAGUCGCAUUAGUGUUCUGUGGUGUAGUGGUUUGUGGAGUAGUGACAACUGUGGUGUAGUAGUUUGUGGGGGUAGCGACAAGAGCCUUCAUUGUGCCUUAAUGGUUAGGUAAUGAUAUCAAAAUGUUCUCAGGACUAUUAGUUACUGAGUGAAGCAGCUAAAUGGUGUAUUUGGUAUGGAAUACUUAGGUUCGUGUGUAGUGUUGCUUUGUAUUCAAUUGAGUGGUGUGCCUGAAGCUGUUACACUAUUUUUUUGCUAACAAUGUGGCCAGCUGUGAUCUACCUAAGCUUUAAGCUCUUGGAGUGAAGGAAGAUUGUUCAAGGUGGUGUUCCUCUCCACUAGAGGCUUAAGAGUGUGUAUGAGAGUGUGGUGCUUUGCCUGGGCCUCCCUGUGCGUGAUUUUCAUCCUGAUGUAUAGGUAGAUUUAGUGUUACAGUCUUUCUAUGGGGCUUGGAACACUGGCAGUCCUUCAUGCUGGUUGAGAGUGGUUAGUGCAUUCACAGAAGUGGAGUCAAAUAGCUGUGUUAGCAUAAGCCAGCCUUGUCUUUUGUCCUGUGUCUGCUUACAUGAUAUUAAAGUGAGAUAUCUGUUUGGUGUCCACAGAUACAUCUAAGUGGCUAUAAUACAAAAAAAAAAAAAAAAAAAAAA